CCAGUCUUGACAUUUGACCGGAAAGCUUUUAUUUUUGGAAGCCGUAACGGGAAGUAGGUGCGUGAGAUUGCGGCUGACUUGUCGCCGAGCUGUCAGCUCAUAAAUAAAGCAGUCAGAGUCUGACUGAGGGAAGAGACGCAGCAGCAGCGCAACCCAACAGUAGGUCAUCACGAUUAUUAUCAGGACUGUAACAUCAGAGAACAAGAAAGAAAGAAAGAAAGAAAGAAAGAAAGAAAGAAAGAAAGAAAGAAAGAAAAUACACCUGCGGAAUUUUUGGACUUUUUUACAUUUUUAAUUUGAUUUUUUGAAUGUUUGAUGUGUGAUGGCUAAUAUGUCAUCGGUUGAUGUGGGAGUUCUGUUUCUUAUCAUGGUCACAACAUCUCUGGCAAACGGUUCGUUAUCCAGCAAAGAUGUGAACAAGAGGAAGGAGGUGGAAGCCGUCAAGCUUCUGCCUGGAGGUGUGGACAACCUCGCCCGUGUCGCUUCUGAAGGUGAAGCGAAGCUGUGCUCCACAUGUGACCCGACGGGGGCCAGGAGGCGUGCAAAGAGAUGCACAUGCUACACUUACAAAGACAAGGAGUGUGUGUAUUACUGCCACCUGGACAUCAUCUGGAUUAACACACCAGAGCACACUGUACCAUAUGGUAUGUCCAGUUACCAGGGUUCCCUGCGUAUGAGACGCUCCGCUGGGACUGCCCAACGCUGUGCAUGUUCACUGCAGAGUGACACUGACUGCAGCAGCUUCUGCAUGGACAGCAGGCAGAGGAGGCAGGAAAUACACCAGAGGAUAUCACCUCCGCACAGCGAACCUGCUAUGAAAUGAACGUGUGAAAAGGUGGACAUACGUGGUCUCUACAUAAGACACCCCCUCAUUUGGAAAAGCAGCAUGCAUGUCUACAUUUCUGUAGAUGGACACGUGUUUGUAUUGUGCUCAGUGCCUCAUCAGACUCUUGGAUGAAAUGCUGGAAGCUGCGUGCAUAAAAAAGUUAAAAGCGACGGGUACAAGCAGCGAUGCUAAAAGCACGCACCCCCAGCGCUCCGCCUGUGUGUCUGUCUGGCAGGUGUGGAUGAUGCGUUUCAUUUUCCUGUCACAACAGAGAGCGCUUCACAUGUCUGUGUUUGUGUCGACCAUGAAAGACUUUGGUAGAACAUGUUGCUCACACAUGUCCGUGCCACAUGACGUGGAGGCCAUUUCAAGAACUGCUGCCAUCCGACUCCACCUCCUCAACACAUACUGUUUAAACUUCAGCACGUAAACGAAACGUGUUACAUAACCGUGUUUACUCCACAGGGACAACAUACCUGUCUGUUAACACCGGAAUACACUCACACUACUCACUACUACAUUCAUUUAUCACAGUCUGUCACAAGUCUGAAACAUCUGGCAUGUUAUCUUGGUCAUUAGGUUGUGAAGUAAGAUGGCAUCUCUGUCUAUUGAAGGUUUCCCAAGAAAAGUGCCUCUUAUUAUUCAGCUUCAGCUGACCAAAGCACGACAUGGAAUCCUGCUUUACAUCUGAAAUAUUCCGACGCACAGAUGGCUUUGUUCAAGCAUAGUUCAGCAGAAACUGUUACCCAUGGAACGUGACUGGAAGACUUUCAGAUACCUUUAGUUCUUUUCUAUUCAUGCUACUUCUACUCCACUAUAUCACAGAGGGGAAUAUUGUACUUUAUACUUCACUGCAUAUAUCUGACAGCUAUAGAUGAGGAAACAUGAAUAGUUUAUAAAAAAAAGUAUUAAACAAAAACAUUUCAUGAUUUAGCUUCUCAAAUCUGGGGUUGUGUUGCUUUUAAAUAUUUUUAAUUUAUUUGUAAUAAUGUUGAGGUUUGGACAGCACAAACAUUGUACAAAUCCCACUCUGGGCUUUUGGGUAAUCAUGACAACAUUUUACACUACUUUUAAACUAUUCAGAAGUUUUACAAACCAAAUCAGUCAUCAAUGGAAUCAAUGGAUAAAUUCAUGGAGAA